CAAUCAAUAAAUAAAAUUGCAAGAGGUUUGAAAAUUCAGCAAAAAGAAAUAGAAAACUCUAAAUUUAUUACUAAAAGGCAGCACAAAAAUUACUUUGAGAGAUUGUGUGUGUAUUUUCCAUGCACGAUCCCCAAAACAGGUGAACAGAAACAACAGAGAAAAAUGAUGGUGAAAUUUGGCUCAGAGGUCAGGAAAUCACCCUUUCCUGAACUCCUUCCCUCAGUACUUCUGGAGAAUGAGGUUCCGUCCUCUUGGGAUUAGACUGACACUGAAAUCGCUGUUUUAAUAAGGACAACUGGAUAUUGAUCACCCGGGGAUAAAGAGGAUAUAGGAGUUGUCUAGUGAGAACAUCACAAAACAUCGCUGCUCCUGUCAGGGAGCAAGAUCUGAGCCUCUUCUGAGAAAUGCUCACUCCUGACCGGGGUCCCUCUGGCUCAUUUCCCGAGGACACACUGUCCGUCUUCAGUUUUCAGUCAGAUCAAGCACACAUGGAAGCUAGAAAUCAAACACCUGUCUUGGAAUUCCUUCUCCUGGGACUGACAGAGGACCCCGAGCUGCAGCCCCUCAUCUUCAGCCUGUUUCUAUCCGUGUACCUGGUCACCAUCCUGGGAAACCUGCUCAUCAUCCUGGCCGUCAGCUCUGACUGCCACCUCCACACCCCCAUGUACUUCUUCCUCUUCAGCCUGUCCCUUACAGACAUCUGUUUAAGCACAAGCACAGUUCCAAAGAUGCUAGUGAACAUUCACGCGGAAGACCAGAGAAUCUCUUACCCAGCCUGCAUCACCCAGGUCUGUUCAGUCCUGGUUUUCAGUGGACUGGAGACUUGUCUCCUUUCAGCAAUGGCCUAUGACCGCUACGUGGCCAUCUGCCAUCCCCUCAGGUACGCAGUCAUCAUGAGCACCCGUAUGUGUGUUUCACUGACUCUCUUCUCCUUGGCUGUUAGCAUCCUGAAUGGACUGAUUCACAGUAUGUUGGUGUUGAGGCUGUCUUUCUGCACAGAGAUAAGAAUCCCCCAGUUCUUUUGUGAACUUGCCCAGGUCCUCAGGCUCUCUUGUUCUGAUACCCUGGUUCACAACAUAGUAAUAUAUGUCUCAACUUGCAUCUUUGCUGGUGUUCCUGUGCUUGGAAUCUUGUUUUCUUACAUUCACAUUGUGUCAUCGAUCCUGAGAAUGCCAUCAUCAGAAAGAAUGCAUAAGGGCUUUUCCACCUGUGGCUCUCACUUGUCCAUUGUCAUCUUGUUCUAUGGGACAGGUUUGGGGGUGUACAUUAGCUCUGCAGUGACUGAUUCACCCAGAAAGACUGCUGUGGCUUCAGUGAUGUAUUGUGUGGUCCCUCAAAUGCUGAACCCCUUCAUCUACAGUCUGAGGAACAGGGAUAUGAAGGAAGCCUUGAGAAAACUCCUUUGCAGAAGAGCGUCUCUCCUUUGAUCUGCUGUGUGCUCUCUACUUCAGUUUCCAGAGGGAGCCGUAGGGACUGGAGUCCUGGUGAGAUGGAACAGCUGACCCGUAUCUCACUAUGUGAUGAGGUCGUCUAGUAGCCACGCACUUUUAAGUAUGGAUCAGUGUGAGACUUUGUUUUUGUCUAGCUCUGUAAUGUGAUGUGUGACAUCUGAUUUCAAUUUUUGAACGCAGACAUUUUAUUAGUAUACAUUUGCACCACGUAAUACUUACAUUUAUCUAGGGAAACUGGGACAGUGGCACAUGGCAUUUUGAUCAUCUUUCACUGUAUUUAU